AUGAGUUCAGGGACCCCCUACAUCGGCAGCAAGAUCAGCCUGAUCUCCAAAGCACAGAUCCGCUAUGAGGGCAUCCUUUACACCAUCGACACCGAGAACUCCACCGUGGCGCUAGCCAAGGUGCGAUCCUUCGGUACUGAGGACCGGCCCACAGACAGACCUGCUGCUCCAAGAGAAGAAAUCUAUGAAUACAUUAUUUUCCGAGGAAGUGACAUCAAAGACAUCACUGUCUGUGAACCUCCAAAAGCUCAACAUACUCUGCCACAAGAUCCUGCCAUAGUUCAAUCUUCACUGGGCUCUGCCUCUACAUCAUCCUUUCAGCCACAUGUGCCUUACAGCCCAUUCAGAGGUAUGCCACCUUACAGCCAGCUUGCUGCCAGCUCUUUGCUUAGCCAGCAGUAUGCAGCUUCCUUAGGUUUAGGUGCUGGCUUUCCUUCUGUUCACCCAGUCCGCAAAAGCCCCAUGGUAGAGCAGGCAGUUCAGACUGGCCCCGUUGACAACGUGAAUUCCCAAAAGCCACCCCCAGUGAAAGUGACCCCCGGGGUCCAGCGCAAUGGUCGGCAGGUUCCGCCGGGCAGCGGUAAGACAAAUGAUACAGUCCAGCCAGCACCUGUGCAAACCCAAGGACAGGUGAAUGAUGAAAACAGAAGACCUCAAAGGAGAAGAUCAGGAAACAGGAGAACCAGAAACCGUUCUAGAGGACAAAACAGACCAACAACUGUGAAGGAAAAUACAAUAAAAUUUGAAGGUGACUUUGACUUUGAAAGUGCAAAUGCACAAUUCAACAGAGAAGAACUUGAUAAAGAAUUCAAGAAGAAGCUAAACUUUAAAGAUGACAAAGCAGAAACAGGGGAAGAAAAAGGGGACCCUGGAGUGGCAACUCAAAACAAGGAUGGUAAUGCGGAGGAGGACCUUCUGGGACCCAACUGCUAUUAUGAUAAAUCAAAGUCCUUCUUUGACAACAUUUCUUCGGAACUGAAAUCUAGUUCCAGGCGCACCACGUGGGCUGAAGAAAGGAAGCUCAAUACAGAGACAUUUGGCGUGUCCGGACGGUUCCUCCGUGGCCGCAGCUUUCGUGGUGGAUUUCGAGGUGGAAGGGGUAAUGGAGCAGCACGGCGAAACCAGACCACUCACAGAGCUGGUACUGGCAGAGUGUAACU